GGAUGGUCUAGGAACAAGGCAGCUACAAUGCUCUCACGUAGAUCUUGAAAGGUAUUAGAUUCGUUAUCGAUGAAUCAGUCCGACCAUCCAGGAUCAAGGGAAGAUCCCAGACAAAGAUGGAGAUACCUAACAAGAAAAAUAAACUUUUUCUCGUGGGCUGUAUGUUUAUGUCAGUCUUUGUGUUCUUUGUAUUGUACCGACUACAGCUCCAUAUCCAAUUUCUGACAUUUUCUGCUAAUCUACCAAUAUCUUUAAUAUGCCCAGAAAAAGACAACAAACCUUCUAAAACAAAGGAGGGUUUAUCAGACAUUGGUAGCAAUGAGAUAAUGGCUAAAUGCAAAGAUUUAGGAAUUUGGACUAUAAGACCAGAUGGUAGGUUGGGAAAUCACAUGGGUGAAUAUGCUGCAUUAUAUGCCUUGGCCAAAGCAAAUGGGCGUCAGGCUUUUAUACUUACAGAUAUGCAUAACUACUUGGGACAAAUAUUUAAAAUCACGCUUCCAGUUUUACAUGACAACGUGGCCAGGUAUGUCCCAUUUAAGGAAUACUGGCUACAUGACUGGAUGUCACAGGAAUAUAAUCACAUUGACGAGAGCUUUAUUAAACUGACAGGCUAUCCUUGUUCGUGGACAUUUUUUCAUCAUCUUCGAAAGGACAUCCUUCGGGAGUUUACAAUCCAUGACUACCUUAAGACUGAGGCCAACCAAGUGUUGGAAAGCAUAAAAGGUUCUCGAAAAAAUAUCACCUACAUUGGGGUCCAUGUCCGCAGAGGCGAUUAUGUGAACGUUAUGCCAAGUGUUUGGAAGGGUGUGGUCGCAGACAAGGGUUACCUGGAGAAAGCCAUGAAUUACUUCCGAAAUAAAUAUAAAGAACCGGUUUUUGUAGUGACCAGUAAUGGAAUGAAAUGGUGUAAACAAAACAUUGACAAUUCCAAGGGAGAUGUCUACUUCUCAGGGGAUGGCAAUGAGUCUACUCCAGGCAAAGAUUUUACACUUCUGGUUGGUUGUAACCAUACCAUCAUGACUAUUGGGACAUUUGGAUUUUGGGCAAGUUACUUGGUUGGAGGAGAAACUAUUUACCUCACUAAUUUUACGCUUCCUGAAUCGGAAUUCUUGAAACUUUUCCAUUAUGAUGCUGCAUUUCUACCUGAAUGGAUAGGGAUUCCAGCAGAUCUGUCUCCACUGUGGCACUGA